AUGUUUACCAAUUGGCUAACUGGCAGCAGCAGCGGCGGCAGCAACGGCAGCGCCAACAGCCGCCUGUCGAAUGCCGCUGCUGCCACAAGCUGCAGCAACAUGCCGCUUGGCGUUGGCGGCGUCAUUUCCACGCCGCCGGAUGUUAUACUCGAGGUGGGCCCAGCGCCGAGCAGCGUGCGCUUUGUGGCACACGCUCUGGUGCUGGGCAUGCACAGCGGCUAUUUGCGCUCGGCCAUACGCAUGGAUGAGGCAACAGUUGCAGCCGCAGCCGCAGCAGCAGCGGCAGCGGCAGUUGCAACACCGCAAGCGAGUGCAACUGUUGCUGGUGCUGCUGCUGGCGGUGAAUUGCUGCUGUAUCUGGGCAAUGUGACGGCGGAGCAAUUCGCGCCGCUGUUGACAUACAUGUACACCGGCUACUUGGAUCUGAAUGUGGACAACAUAUUUGCCGUGCUGCUGGCGACGCAUGUCUUGCAUAUGCCGCGCGCUUUGGAGAUUUGUCGCGCGUUUCUGGCGCGCGCCCAAACCGAGGGCUAUCUGAGCGGCAGUCCAGCCAAUCCGCACCAGCUGCAGCUGGCGGCUGGAAGCGGCGCCUCCAAGAUCAUAAGGCCCAUACCGAGCAAAGCGACAUUGCCGAAUUUUGGCUUUCUGCCAGCGCCGCCGCCAACAAUUGCUGCUGCAGCCUACAUGCAACAGCCGGUGGCAGCAGCUGAGCAGCUGCAAUUGACUGAGUCGGAGCAGCAGCUGCAGCUGGACAAGGACAAGGAAAAGCAGAAGAAGAUGGAGGAAACGGAAGCGACGGCGGCGGCGGAGGAGGAGGAGGAUGUGGAGGUGUUUAUCGAUAGCAACACGGCCACCGACAACGAGCUGGACACGGAGGAUUGCAACGUGUCCGUGGUCAGCAGCCUGGCGAGCAGCAGCGCCGCCAGCAGCCUGAACAUUGAGCGUGUGGAAAGCAAAAAGCAAGCGACGCCGCCGCCGUUGCCGCCAGCGCCGCCAGCAGCAGCAACUGUUGCCACAACAAGCGCAAGCAAUAAGCAGCGACGCGGCGGCAACAGCGCACGCAAAAGCUCAAUCAAACGCAGCAGCAGCAGCAACAACAGCAACAACAACAACAGCGGCAACAAUCGCGGACUGCAGCUGGCCAAGACGCCGCUGCCGAGCGUGCAGCUGGAGACGGCAACACCGGCCACCAAAUUCAUCAUCGAUGUGGCCAGCUGCGAUGGACCCGUACGCUUUCGCCGCAUACUGAACACGGCGUACGGCCAUAAGCCGGACAACAGCUGCUUUGAGGCAGCUGGCGGCGGCGGCGGCGGCGAGCAGCGCACACAGCAAAGCGUCAGCUAUUCGUUUCACCAGCAAAUGGCGCGGGCCAUCAGCAGCCAGCAGCGGCAGCAGCAGCAGCAGCAGGAGGCGAAUGAGAAUAGCACCGAUGCGGCAGCAACAUCUACAGCUGCAACAGCUACAGCGGCAACAUCUGCAACAGCAGCAACUGCAGCAACAGCAGCAACACAUCGCAAGCAAACGCAUGCGGAGCUGUUCGUGUGCGUUUACUGCAAACACACAUUCAAAUCGCAGUAUUGCUAUCAGAAGCACGCCAAGCGGCAUCUCAAUCCGCUCAGCUUGGACAAGAAGUUGGCGGAGACAACGCCGCAGCUCAGCAGCAACAGCCUAACAACAACAGCAACAGUAGCAACAACAGCAGCAGCAACAGCAGCAGCAGCAGCAGCAGCAGCAACAACGCCAGCUGCAGCAGCAACAGUUGCUGCGGGCGCGGAUGCAACAUUGUCGGCGGCGGCCUUGCUGCGCCGCGAGGUGCGUCCGCUGGACAUGAACGUGCAGUAUUAUCCUUGCAAGACGUGCGGCAGCAAGUUUCCCAGCUACUAUUUUGUGCACAAGCAUCGCAAGCUGUGCCACGCCGAUGAGCUGGACAACAGCAGCAACAACAACAGCAACAGCAACAACAACAACAACAACAGCUCGAUUAGCAGCAGCAGCGGCGGCAACAGCAACAGCAGCGCCGCAAAGCGUGAGGCAACAACUGCAACGGAAGCAACGGAGGCAGCGCCCUAAACUAAUGCAACAAAACAAAACCGAAACCAAAACAACUAAUCGAUUAAUUAUCGAAUUAAGCACGCAAUUAAAUGCACGCACACACACACGCAUACGGACGCACACACACCA